CUAAAAGCAAGAAAAUGACUAAAUUAUCCACUUCUCAAAGAUCUCUUCUCGAGCGCAAUAUAAAGGCGCGAUCCAUGGCUUUCCUACCCGUCAACAGCUCUCUGGCCUCACGGCCUAACAUUCCGGCCAUUCUAUUACAAGAAGAACCGGAUCCAAGUACAGAACCAGCGCUCAGUGAAUAUCAACCGCCGCCCACUUGUUUGGACGACUCAGUGACUCUGAAACAAGGAGUUAUGAAUCGAUCGAAACUGAUUGAAGGGGGGAAACGAUUGCGAAAGAAUUGGUCCAAUUGUUACUUAGCGGUCACUCAUUACUAUCUACUCUUCUUUAAGGACAUGAAGUCCGCCCAAUCGGGGUCCAAACCUGAGAUAAUCAUAGACCUGACCGGAGCCAUGAUCUCCUGGUCCCCCGAGAAGUCGAGUCGAAAAAAUUGCUUUCAAGUGAGUACUGUUGCCGGACAACAGGUUCUGCUGCAGGAGGAGUGCGCUCUCACUUGCAAAGAGUGGUUCGAUCUGAUCAAGAAUGCCAUUCACAGACUGCCAAUGGUAUCGAUUUGCGAUGAAUCCGAUAAUUAUGACAAACAGGGAUCGAAACUCAAACGAUCCAAAUCUACAAAACAAUAUCGAAAGCGUGAGGAUUUGGCAGAGAAUGAGUUGUCGACCAGUUUUCCACUAACAGUGAGUCAGAGCGCGAAUAACAUCCCUUCGGAGCGGAGGAAGAAAAUCAAAGAGCGAUUGCGACAAUUCCUCAGAAGGCGACCAACUCUUGAAAGUCUUCGUGAGAAAGGCAUUUUCAAAGACGAACCGGUAUUCGGAGGAAAACUCGAUAUUUUAUGUCUGAGAGACAAACAAAUGGUCCCGAAGUUUGUUCAGCAGUGCGUUCAGGCGAUUGAAGCGAAAGACUUGACAGCGGACGGCCUGUACAGAGCGUGCGGUAAUCUCUCACAAGUGCAGAGAUUGCGCUUUCAAAUCAAUAACGACGACUUCAACGGCAUUUGGGCCGAGGAUGACGUCCACGUGUUGACAGGACUCCUGAAAAUGUUUUUUCGUGAUAUGAAAGAACCCCUCUUUCCAUGCGAUCGAUUCGAUGCACUCAUGAAAAUAAUCGUGCUUUCCGAUAGGAAAACAAAGUUAGAGUCGUUAACAAAAUUAGUGAAUGCGUUACCGAAACCCAAUUACGAGACUCUGAAGCAUAUUUUGUCACAUUUACUCAGGGUGAAGGAGCACAGUGACCAGAACCGGAUGCACAUCCAGAACCUGGCCAUAGUGUUUGGGCCGACCCUAAUGUGGCCCGAAAACGAUUCAAACAACUUUGCGUUGGAUAUGAUGUUACGAAUGCAUCAAAACCAGAUCAUUGAGUUUCUGCUGCUUGAGUUCGAUAACAUGUUUUGA